AUGCUGGGACUAGUAAAGGUUGAUCUUCCACAUGUAUGCACCUAUUGGUGGGAUAAUCCAGCGAGAUAUGAACUUUUGCUGAAGUGUUUUAUCAACCGUUUCCCGGCCCUUGAUGACGAUAUUAUUCCAUACUUGCACGAAGCAGGUUUUAGUUAUGUUGACAUUGUAACUGAUGAUACGAAGUUGCACCCUACAUUGAUAAACGUGUUGCUUGAACAGUGGAGACCAGAGACGCAUACAUUUCAUUUUCCUUAUGGGGAGACGACUAUUACCCUUGAAGAUGUCGCAUACUAUAUUGGGUUGCUUGUUGAUGAAAAUCCUAUUACCUGUAUGGCUCAUGGGGACUUGCUAAACUUGUAUAAGGAGCUGCUCGGACUUACUCUGACAAAUGAUGAUUUGGAUGGAGGGAAGAUCUACAUUAAAUUUUGGACGACAAUUUUAAGCAGUCCCCUGUCGAUGUUGCUAUAA